AUGAAGAAGGUUAUCAAGAAGUCGUUUGCGAUAGACGACGCCAUCUCAAUGUUGCUUUCACUGCAAGAGUGGGCCGAAGAAGAGUACAUCGGGGAGAUCAACCGAGUGGGGUCAAGGCCUCAAAUUGAAGGCGAAGACCAUGAGUUGGCGGAUCUAGCGCUGCAC